CACUCCAGCAUCGGAUCUAGAGCACAGCACAACAUGUUGAAGACCGUAUGUGCCUGGUCACAGAGCAAAACUUUAACUUUGGCUCGUCGUAUCAGCGGGGACUAAAGACCAAAAUACAGCCAUGCUAUGGAUAUAGUUAUGAGUCCAGUCUUUGUUGAUUUGAAGGUUCUUCUUUGAUAUUGCGAUAAUAACGAAAUAUUUGCAGCAAAAUCAGAGAGAAAAAGACAGACCGAGAAAGGGAAGAAAGAUGCAGGUCUCCGUGGUGCUGUGUGGCAUGAUAACUUUCUUUCUUCGCAGUCAAGGUGUGUUGGGCAGUGCGGAGUGUUCAUGCGGCCGCAGCCACUUCACGUGUGCAGUGAGCGCUUUUGGGGAGUGUACAUGUAUCCCGGCCCAGUGGCAGUGUGACGGGGACAACGACUGUGGAGAUCACAGUGACGAGGAUGGAUGCAUGCUGCCCACCUGCUCUCCGCUGGACUUCCACUGUGACAACGGGAAGUGUAUCCGCCGCUCCUGGGUGUGUGACGGGGACAACGACUGUGAGGAUGACUCCGACGAGCAAGACUGUCCGCCGAGAGAGUGUGAAGAGGAUGAGUUCCAUUGUCAGAACGGCUACUGCAUCCGCAGCCUGUGGCACUGUGAUGGGGACAAUGACUGUGGUGAUAACAGUGACGAGCAGUGUGACAUGCGAAAGUGUUCCGAUAAGGAGUUUCGCUGUACAGAUGGGAGCUGCAUUGCUGAACACUGGUACUGUGAUGGAGAUACUGACUGCAAGGACGGAUCAGACGAGGAAAACUGCCCAUCUGAUGUAAUGACGGCCACCUGUAGUGUCGAAGAGUUCCAGUGUGCAUAUGGACGCUGUAUUCUGGACAUUUACCACUGUGACGGAGACGAUGAUUGUGGAGACUGGUCUGAUGAGUCCGACUGCUCCUCCCACCAGCCUUGUCGUUCCGUGGAGUUCAUGUGCAGCAGUGGGAUGUGCAUCAACGCUGGCUGGAGGUGUGACGGGGAGUUUGACUGUGAUGACCAAUCAGAUGAGAAGAACUGCACCUCCUCCAUGUGUACUGCGGAUCAGUUCCGCUGUGCGUCGGGACGCUGUGUCAGGUUGUCAUGGAGAUGUGAUGGCGAGGAUGACUGCUCUGACGGCAGCGAUGAAGAUGACUGUGAGAAGACUGACACCCCUCCAUGUGCUCCGGACCAAUUCCUGUGUGGUAACGGCCGAUGUAUUGGCCAGAGGAAGGUCUGUAAUGAGGUCAGCGACUGUGGAGAUGGGACGGACGAACACCCUCACCAGGACUGCCGCCCACGGUCCAGCGAGGGCAACUGUAACCUGAAUAACGGAGGCUGUUCUCAGAAGUGUCAGAUGGCUCGAGGUCUGGUCCAGUGUACCUGUCAUACUGGCUACAGACUGAUGGAGGAUGGCAGGGCCUGCCAGGAUGUGGAUGAGUGUGCAGAGGAGGGUUACUGCAGCCAGGGCUGUACCAACACAGAAGGGGGGUUCCAGUGCUGGUGUGUGCAGGGCUACGAGCUGAGGCCUGACAAGCGCAGCUGCAAGGCUCUGGGUCCCGAGCCAGUGCUGCUGUUCGCUAAUCGUAUAGACAUCCGCCAGGUGUUGCCCCACCGGUCAGAGUACACUCUGCUGUUGAACAACCUGGAAAAUGCCAUCGCUCUGGACUUCCACCACAACCAGGAGCUGGUCUUCUGGUCCGACGUCACGCUCGACCGCAUCAUGAAGGCCAACCUGAACGGGAGCAACGUGGAGGAAGUGGUUUCCACUGGCUUAGAGAGUCCAGGUGGUCUGGCUAUAGACUGGAUCCAUGACAAGCUAUACUGGACUGACUCAGGGACGUCCCGUAUUGAGGUGGCCAAUCUGGAUGGAACCCACCGCAAGGUCCUCCUAUGGCAGAGCAUGGAGAAACCCAGAGCCGUUGCACUGCACCCUAUAGAGGGCAAGAUCUACUGGACGGACUGGGGUAACACUCCUCGUAUCGAGUAUGCCAACAUGGACGGCUCCAACCGCUGCAUCAUAGCCGACACACACUUGUUCUGGCCCAACGGGCUGACCAUCGACUACGCCGGGCACCGCAUGUACUGGGUGGACGCCAAGCAUCACGUCAUCGAAAGAGCUGACCUGGAUGGACGGAACCGUAAGGCCGUCAUCAGCCAAGGCUUGCCCCAUCCAUUUGCCAUAACAGUAUUUGAGGAUAGCCUAUACUGGACAGACUGGCACACCAAGAGCAUCAACAGUGCCAACAAGUUCACGGGCAAGAACCAGGAGAUCAUCAGAAACAAGCUACAUUUCCCCAUGGAUAUACACACACUGCACCCGCAGAGACAGCCCGCAGGUGGGCGUAACCGAUGUGGGACCAACAACGGGGGCUGCAGCCACCUCUGUCUCCCUGGCAACAAGACCUAUACCUGCGACUGCCCCACGGGCUUCAAGAAAGUGGACCAGCAUAACUGUGCCCUGAGUCUUGACAAGUUCCUGCUUUUUGCCCGAAGGACGGACAUCCGACGAAUCAGCUUCGACACCGAGGACAUGUCGGAUGACGUCAUCCCGCUGGCCAACGUACGCAACGCCGUGGCACUGGACUGGCACGCCGAGGAGGGCUUCAUCUAUUGGACUGACGUCACCACCGACUCCAUCAACCGGGCCCAGUGGGACGGCUCAAGGCAGGAGGUGGUGGUGGACACCAGUCUGGAAAGUCCAGCCGGUCUGGCUAUUGACUGGGUGACCAACAAACUCUACUGGACCGAUGCAGGUACAGAUCGUAUCGAGGUAUCUAAUGCAGACGGGAGCAUGCGCACCGUCCUGAUCUGGGAGAAUCUGGACCGACCCAGGGACAUUGUGGUUGACCCAAUUGGAGGAUAUAUGUACUGGACAGACUGGGGUGUGAGUCCUAAGAUAGAGCAGGCAGGGAUGGACGCAUCCAGCCGUAUCGUCAUCAUCUCUUCCAACCUGACGUGGCCUAACGGACUGGCAAUUGACUACCAAACACAGCGCCUGUACUGGGCCGACGCCGGGAUGAAGACCAUCGAGUUUGGCAACUUUGACGGCUCAGACAGACAGGUGUUGAUUGGCAGUCAGUUGCCCCACCCCUUUGGGCUGACUCUGCAUGAGGAGAAGCUCUAUUGGACAGACUGGCAGACCAAGAGCAUCCAGAGUGCCAACAAAAUGACUGGCCUGGGACGACAGACACUCGCCGAGAACCUGGAGAACCUCAUGGACAUUCACAUGUUCCACCGCUACCGCACCACCGUGCGGACCCCCUGUGCGGUGAAUAAUGGGGGCUGCAGUCACCUGUGUCUGUUGGCCCCAUCCCCUAAAGGCUCCAGCUGUACCUGUCCUACUGGCAUCAACCUUCAGCUGGACGGAAAGACCUGCGCACACGGGAUGAGUAGUUUCCUGAUCUUUGCACGGCGUACCGAUAUCAGGAUGGUCUCUCUGGACAUCCCCUACUUUUCUGACGUGGUGCUGGCUGUCAACGGAUCCAUGAAAAACACCAUCGCCAUCGGGGUGGACCCCAAAGAGGGUAAAGUGUACUGGUCAGACAGCACACUAAAGAAGGUGAGUAGAGCUAACAUCAAUGGGACGGCUCAGGAGGAUAUCAUCGCUACAGGUCUGAUAACCACUGAUGGUCUGGCGGUGGAUGCGGUGGGUCGAAAGAUCUACUGGACUGACACCGGAACGAACCGGAUCGAGGUGGCCAACCUGGACGGCUCCAUGAGGAAGGUUCUGAUCUGGCAGAACCUUGACAGCCCACGAGCCAUCGCCCUCUACCACGAGAUGGGGUAUAUGUACUGGACAGACUGGGGCGAACAUGCUAAGUUGGAGCGGUCAGCGAUGGAUGGCUUGGACCGUUUGGUUCUGAUCAGUAACAACCUAGGCUGGCCUAACGGACUGGCCAUCGACAGUGCCGGCUCACAACUACUGUGGGCCGACGCUCACACAGAGCGCAUCGAGGCGGCAGACCUGAACGGGCUGAACCGCCGAACCCUGGUAUCCCCAGUCCAGCACCCGUACGGUCUGACCAUACUAGGACCACACAUCUACUGGACCGACUGGCAGAGCCGCAGCAUCCAGCGGGCUGACAAAUCCACCGGCGCCAACACCAUCACGGUAUGCAGCAACCUGCCCGGGCUCAUGGAUAUACAGGCCGUGGAUAGAGAGAAGCCACUGGGUUUCAAUAAGUGUGGUAGAAGGAACGGGGGCUGUAGCCACAUGUGUCUGCCCCGCCCCAACGGUACUUCCUGUGCCUGUCCCACCGGCAUCCUCCUCAAGGGGGACGCCAGGUCAUGUGACGACUCCCCCGAGACCUACCUGCUCUUCUCCAACCGGGUCAGCGUGCGACGCAUCUCCCUGGACACAAAUGACCACACGGACGUGCAUGUGCCCGUGCCCGAGCUGCACAACGUCAUCUCGCUGGACUACGACAGCGUGGACGGGAAGCUGUACUACACCGAUGUCAGCCUUGAUGUUAUCAGACGGGCCAACUUGGAUGGUACAGGGAUGGAGACAGUGAUAAGCCAGGGUCUGAAGACCACUGAUGGUCUAGCUGUGGACUGGGUGACCAGGAAUAUGUACUGGACGGACACAGGUCGCAACACCAUCGAGGUGGCACGACUGGACGGGACCAGCCGCAAAGUACUAGUCAACAACAGCCUGGAUGAGCCCAGGGCCAUCGCUGUGUUUCCCAGCAAAGGGUACCUGUUCUGGACAGACUGGGGUCACAUUGCUAAGAUUGAGCGGGCACACCUAGAUGGAUCAGACCGUAAAGUUCUGAUUAACACAGACCUGGGCUGGCCCAACGGACUCACACUGGAUUACGACACACGCAGGAUCUUCUGGGUGGAUGCUCACUUGGACCGCAUUGAGAGUUCCGACCUAAACGGAAAGCUCCGUCAAAUCCUCAUCAGCCCUGUGUCCCACCCCUUCGCCCUCACACAGCAAGACCGUUGGAUCUACUGGACGGACUGGCAGACUAAGUCCAUCCAGCGCGUGGACAAACACACUGGCCGCAGCAAGGAGACCGUGCUGGCCAACGUGGAGGGCCUCAUGGACAUCAUCGUAGUUUCACCACAGAGGCAGAGCGGCACUAACCACUGUGGGGUGAAUAAUGGAGGAUGUACUCAUCUCUGCUUCGCUAAGACAAACAGCUUUGUCUGUGCCUGCCCUGAUGAACCAGACAGCAGGCCCUGCUCCACCAUCUCAGGUUAUGUGCCCACCUCACCAGACAUAGAGACCACCAGCACCGCAGCCCCCAACAAGAUCCCCAAAGCCCCCACAGACACGCCUCAACAAGGACCCCCACUGAUCAACUGCACAGACAAGAGCCUGAGUGUGGAGGGCUGCUUACAGAGCAACGUGGUGACAGCUCCUCACGGGGAGGGGCUUCAUAUCAGCUAUGUGAUUGGAGGAGCAUUAACCAUUCUUGCAAUCCUGAUAAUCAUCACUGCCUUCAUUAUUUACCGACACAAAAUGUCAAAGUUUGCUGACCCCGGGAUGAGCAACCUGACCUACAGUAACCCCUCAUACAGGACGUCAACGCAAGAGGUCAAGAUCGAGACCUCGCAAAAGCCGCCCAUUUACAACCAGCUACGAUAUAAGAAAGAGGGGGACUGGGACAGCGGCUACACCAAGGAGAAGAUCCGGAUCGUGGAGGGCGUGUGUCUCCUCUCCAGCGAGGAGCUGUACUGGGAGGACCUGAAGCAGCUGAAGCCGUCGCGGGGUGGUCUGCACACGUGCAUGCGCACGGACACUGUGUCCCUGCAGGCCAGCAGCGCCUCGCUGGACGACGGCGAGACAGAGCAGUUGCUCCAAGAGGAGAGGUCGGAGUGCUCGUCCAUAAACACGCUGACCCCCGCCAUCAUCACACCCCAAUGCCACCCCCAACACAGCCUGACACCGGCUGGACCCCCGCGCGCAAACUCUCCACCGAGAGCGAGGUGUAAGGGAGGCCUCUUGCUUCACUGCCUCCCUACUCCUCCCCCUUAGUCCUCCCGACCCUUCAACUACACACCCUUAUACACACACACACACACACACCUGAAUACAAUAUACACAUACAGUAAACAAGUAAAUUGUACGUACUUGCGCUUCAGGCCACAGCGAGUCAUACACUAUCUGACACUCACACAGAUAGGUGGUACAUACAAACACAACCGCCACAUCCAUACUUCAUGCUACACACACACAUUUAUGCAUGCAUACACACCUGGCAUCUCCUCGGCCCGGUGGACUUUGUCCUACACACACACAUCCUCACUCUUACCACAACCACAGACUGACUCACUGCUACCCUCUUCAGGCAACAGACUGAAUUACAAUUUACAAGCAUGCUGGAAGAAGAAAAAAAAUACACGUUGAGAAAGGAAAUGACAAAGAGAGAAUUAAAUGACGUCUGGAGCCUUUUUAAAGAAUGCAACCCCUCAAGGUGAGGGCCGCUUGGUUGUUUAUGACAUUGCAUUUUUUGACAAAGCUAAAAACAAUAUACUCCCGCAGGAAACUAUAACAAACUGCUCUCUCUCUAUAUUGCAACUCGUCAUAUACCAUGUCCUUAUGAACUCUAUUUAUGAACUUUUGUUCUUUGACUUGGUUUUUGCUGAUUUUAGAGAAUGGUGAGAGUGUUGUGUAGAACUGUAUUACAGUAUGACCCAGUCAUUCAAACCUCUAUAUUUAUGACAGUGCCAAAGGGUGGAGCUACGUCUACAUCUACACUAGAAGAACAUUUUAUGGGAUAUGUGCCACGUAAAGGACGGACAGACGGACAGUUAUCUAUGGGAGAGCACAGCAAUGUUUCAGACAUAUGUUUCACAUUGUAUACCUUCUCUUCUUAAACCAACAAUGGACUUAUCUAUCUGAUCUCUCUUAACUGGAACUCUAGACUGGUACUGGAAACUGGUACUCUAGAUUUGUACUGGAAAUGGGUACUCUAGACUAAUACUGGACACUGGUACUUUAGACCGUUACUGGACACUGCAUUAGCAAUCGUUGAAAUCCAUUCAUUUAAGAAAUCUUAAGUAAACUGCAAGUAAACCAUAUCUGGUCCUCUGGGAAUAGCAGUCUUGAUGAAGUAUAAGUGCCAAACAUUCUUUUCAUUUUUUUUCUUUCCUCAGUUUUAUAUUUCUUGGAGGUUGUAAAAUGUGCGUGGCAUUCUUUAAGCUGUUCUGAUUAAAGCAGACCUCUGUCAUCUCUGAAACUGUAAAGCACUAUGCACGUAGUGCCCACUGUUCUAGUCUAGACUAUAGAAUAGGCCUCAGUGUAUUAUGUCAUUUGACAAGGUUGGCCUCUGUGAAGUAUUGCACACAAUACAGUGCAUUCUGAAAGUAUUCAGACUCCUUGACCUUUUCCACAUUUUGCUACGUUACAGCCUUUUUCUGAAAUGGAUUAAAUAGUUUUUUUCCCUUAUCGAUCUACACACAAUACCCCAUAAUGAAAAAGUGAAAACAGGUUUUUAGAAUUUUUUUCACAUUUAUAAAACAUAAAAAACAGAUAACUUAUUUACAUAAGUAUUUAGACCCUUUGCAAUGAGACUCGAAAUUGAGCUCAGGUGCAUCCUGUUUCCAUUAAUCAUCGUUGAGAUGUUUCUACAACUUGAUUGGAGUCCACCUGUGGUAAAUUCAAUUGAUUGGACAUGAUUUAGAAAGGCACACACCUGUCUAUAUAAGGUCCCACGGUGGACAGUACAUGUCAGAGUAAAAAACCAAACCAUGAGGUCGGAAGAAUUGUCCGUAGAGCUCAAAGACAGGAUUGUGUCGAGGCACAGAUCUGAAGAAGGGUGCCAAAAUUUCUGCAGCAUUGAAGCUUCCCAAGAACACAGUAGCCUCCAUCAUUCUAAAAUAGUAUAAGUUUGGAACCACCAAGACUCUUCCUAGAGCUGGCCGCCCAGUCAAACUGAGCAAGGGCCUUGGUCAGGGAGGUGACCAAGAAUACGAUGGUCACUGACAGACCUCCGGAGUUUCUCUGUGGAGAUGGGAGAACCUUCCAGAAGGACAACCAUCCCUGCAGUAUUCCACCAAUCAGGGCGUUAUGGUAGAGUGGUCAGACGGAAGCCACUCCUCAGUAAAAGGCACAUGACAGCCCCCUUGGAAUUUGCCAAAAGGCACCUAAAGGCUCUUAGACCAUGAGAAACAAGAUUCUCUGGUCUGAUGAAACCAAGAUUGAAGUCUUUGGACUGAAUGCCAAACGUCACGUCUGGAGGAAACAUGGCACCAUCCCUACAGUGAAGCAUACUGUGGGGAUGUUUUUCAGCGGCAGGAACUGGGAUACUAGAUAGGAUCAAGGGAAAGGUUCACCUUCCAUCUGGACAAUGACCUUAAGCACAAAGCCAAGACAACACAGGUGUGGCUUCGGGACAAGUCUCUGAAUGUCCUUGAGUGGCCCAGCCAGAGCCCGGACUUGAACCCGAUCGACAACUCUAGAGAGACCUGAAAAUAGCUGUGCAGCAACCUCCCCAUUCAACCUAACAGAGCUUGAGAGGAUCAGCAGAGAAGAAUGGGAGAAACUACCCAAAUACAGGUGUGCCAAGCUUGUAACGUCAUACCCAAGAAGACUUGAGGUUGUAAUCACUGCCGAAGGUGCUUCAACAAAGUACUGAGUAAAGGGUCUGAAUACUUAUAUAAAUGAGAUAUUUCAGGUUUUUUCUUUUUUAUAAAUUUGCAAAUACAUUUUUUAACUUUGUUGUCAUUAUUGGGUAUUAUGUGUAGAUUGAGGAAAAAUAAUGAUUGAUUUUUUUUUUUGAAUAACGCUGUAAUGUAACAAAAUGUGGAAAAAGUCAAGGGGACUCAAUACUUUCCGAAUGCACUGUACAAUAUAUGAGAUUACCCUGAACCAUAAAUAACGGAGGUGUUACCUUAGACAAAAAAAUAUACCAUUGACAAUUUACGGAACCAUUCAUAUUAUUCAAAUAAAAACAAUAUAUAUUACGUUAAGACCUAGAUUCAGUCCAUAGCAUGGAGUCUCUGCGAACAUCAGGACAUUGCCUUUCAAUUUCAAUCCUACUGUAGAGCGGAUAUUCAGCAUUACGGGUGCAUCUAGCCCGUACAUGCUGACCACACCGCUCGUGUCCCGUGCACUACGGUUGCAAAAUAAAUGUGCACAUACAUGUUAUUCAGUCAUUGCACCAACACUGCUCGCGUGCGCCAACGAGCGUCUGCGUUGCCAAGCUCUAAAAUAGAAGUCAGUUCUUUUUGUGACACUGAACGCAGUGCAAGUCCUGCCUCUCCCAUCUCCUCGUUGGUUUAUAGAAGCAAAUACCCACGUGCCAUCUCCUCAUUGGUUAUACCCACGUGGGUGAUUGAAAGAUGAACUGAGUUCGGUCGGUCGUCGUGGUAAUACUUUGAAAGUUAGAUGCCAAUCGCCAUAUAAAGUCCAAAGAAGAAAAAGACUGGAAGGAGGAGAGAUGACUAGAAACGAUUCGGUUGACCGUUUUAUGUGUGGAAUAAUUGUCGGUGUAGAGGACCUUGUUCAUUUCAGGUGAAAUAACCACUCAAUGUUUAUAUCCCAGGACAAAUUAGCUAGCU